GCAGCUGAGAGGAGGCUCUGAGGAACGCAGGAGUGAGCUCAGGGGAAGGCAGGAAGGAGCUGAAGUUGGGAACGAGCUGAAAGAACCAGUGGGGGAAAACGGAGAGAUUUAGGAGGGGCGGUGGAGAAAAUGCUGGAGAAGUGUCUGGAGUGCCCGUGGAAGGCUGUUACAAGGGCAGAAGUGCGCUUGUUUUGUAUCGGAGGCACUGGAAGGCUGAACAAGGUUCGGAGCAGCAGCUGUCUUGCUGUGCCUGGCUCGUGGUGCUGCGCAGAGGCACGCGUGCCAAUCUCCGCGGCCGUUCCCAGCUCCGCUCUCACAGUGUCGGCUGUUGUGCCGCCCCCUCCCGGCGCCCGCUGCGGGGUGGGGUCAGAGCCGCAGCGCCCGCCCGUUCUCCAGCGGCGCCGGUGUCUUUGCUCGUGUUUGCAGAGGGGAGACGAAGGCUGUGAAGGAUUAGUUUGUCUCAAAAUCAAACAGAAAAGCAGUGGGAGGUUGUGGCACCCGAUGCGGUGUUUCUGAGCCCCAGGCGGUGUGCCGUAAAUAAGACUGUAGUGCGGCUAGUAUGACGCUGGGGGAUGAUUUUAACAAUAAAAAGACGUUAAUACUUCUUUAGAAAUGCCUACGUCAUAACCUCACUUGAACAUAAUACGUGGUGCAAACUCUCCAGUAAUUGUCCUUAGGAGGAAAAAAGACUGGGAAAAAGCCAGGGCAGUGUGUCACUGUAUGUUCCUGUUUAUUCUACUUGCUUCUUUUUCACAUAUUUUGUAAAAUGUGUAUCUCCAGUGACUAAUAUUUCUGAGUAACCAAUUGGUGCCAGUAAAUGUAAGUACCAUCUGUAAGAAACUGAUUUGUAGAAGCCAAGUUCUUAGCAUAUGAGGAGGAGGAGGUGUUAAAACUUGGUGAGAGACGACUGAAGUGUGGACUUGGUUGGUAGUCUAGAUGAUUUUAGAUGUAUUAUGUAAGCGAGAUGUGAGAGGAAAGGAGAACUGGAGACCAAAACGAUGGAACUCUUGUUCAGUAGGAACAAAUAUAGAAUAAGCAGUGAUGACAGGAAGGGGAUGAAAAAGAACGUUUAGGAGAAAAUAUAUAGAAUUCAGUUUGAAAUGCAGCGGCUGCUCCCUGCUGUGACACAGUGAAGAGCACAGAUCAGCGUGCCUACAUUGUGUCAUUCUGUUACUGCAAUAAAAGGAAGCUUAAUUAAUUGAAGGUGACUGAGAUCACUGCUCUAAUUUGUUCGGUGUUUCACAGCAAAAAAUGUAAAACCUUUGGAGUAAGUUCGUGCGCUGCUGAUACUGCUGAGGAGCUGCGUGCUUAUUUCUAAUAUCCUAGUAAGACACUUCUUAAAAUUCUUGGUCUCCCCUCCCUUCUUGGAGAGCAACCUCUCAGGAGUCGAAGUCUGCAUAAAGUUGGCUCACCAAAGGUAGAGAACUGCUUAUGCUCCAUCUAACAACUGAGUUUGUCCUAGUGAGGUCAAAGACAAACUUUUGUGCUCAUCUAGUAAUUGGCUUUAUACGUGACAGGAAGUUUGUGCGGGGAGAACCAAAACUAGCAAUGUAAUAGGAACAUCCUUAAUUGAUUUAAAAUAAAAGUGGCUGAUGUGAUCUUAAUAUCUGAAUUGGAAGAUCUCAACAGAUGGUAAAGAAUGAAGGUGGGAUGCAGCGCAACUGCAUACCUUUGAAACAUAGACCUCUUCAUAUAAUUUUCCUUUAAAUGUUUGAGAAACACACCAAGGUAGAAUUGAUUCAAAGAAAACGGGUAUAAAUAUUUCUUUCUUUUCAUAGAUUAUACCUUACUUCAUAGAGUGCUCCUUUGGAUAACACCAAUAAGUCCUAGGAAAGCUUUUGUUUGAGUGAGAGAAGUCUGUUUAAAGUUCAAUUACAUGUUUGUUCUUACCUGCAUUGGGAAGUGCGAGCCUCUGAGGAGGUCUCUGCUUGGAAAAACACGUCAGGAGAUGCAGUGCAGAAUUUCAAUGUGGUACCUUUUGGUAGAGGUUGCUCAAUUUUCAGCAAAGCAAUGCUUCAGAUCACUGGAAAAUACCAGAUUUUGGCUCAGGUUUCCCAAGAUUGAAGCAUGACUCAUCUGACAAAUAGCUGACAACAAAAUGACCUCAGAAACUAAUUUUGAACACAGAAGUAAAGCAGUACAUUAUAUAGGUUAUUACUUAUCUGUAUGUGGAAAUGGAACAUGCACUAGGCAAGAACAAGUACUCAAACACACGUGAUGUAUUGUUGGCAGUUUAACGUAAUGCCGUUUCAGCUGCUUACCAGUAUUUGUCAGCUGGUGUCACACAGACAAACCUUUUGAUACACCUUACUUUUGCCCUGACAAAGCAAUUGCUGCGUUUUCUUCUUGCAAGAGGACUUGUUCCUCAGCUUUCUAAAACCUGUUGCAAUAUGGUACUACUUCCCUCUCUCUUCUGUGUUACGAGCCAGGCUCCCUAGCAUAUUGGGCUCCAUCAGCCAAGUAUCUGCGUUUAAGUUGGUGACAGGAAAAUGUAUAAAAAUGUAUAUAGCAGAUUAUCCCAUGGUCAGCUAUUCCAACAGUACUGUGCAGUAGGCAGCCUAAAGCAAUGGUAAACCAAUAAAAUUGAGAGUCAGAGUAUUGGAGUCCAGGAUUCACACAGUUCUGGGAUCAACACAAGUCUUCUGUAUUUUCUUAAGGAAAGACAUUGUGAUAAGUUGUUUUCUUCUACAAGAACUCCGUUGCUGGUGUGAAGGAUGAAAGAUUUGAUUGCCUUAUAGCAUAUCUUUGAAGCUGAUUCUCCUAUUCUUAAAGCAAUUUUGAAGCAACGGGCAAUUCUGUAUCAGCUUCUAAUUCACACAAAGCUGAAUAAAUGACUGUCUUUUCUCUGAGAGAUUCCUUCUCCUGGAUUGCUUGUUCAGGAAAAGGCAAAUAAUGUAAAAAUAGCACCCAAAUUGAGAAAGGUCUCGGGUUAGCGUGCUGAUCCUUACGCUUGUAAAAUGCGUAAUGCAGUCCUCACCCAGUUGUGUGCUGGAUGCCAGCACUUGCUGCCUUUUUAAAGGUUAGUCUCCUUCGUGCUGUGCAGCAGAGGAGUGCUGGUAAGAGAAGUUGACUAUAUUUUUUUGAAUGAAAGACCGUGUAAAAUCAAGGUCAGUAUCCACGGCUCUUAUGUAUGAUUGUACUUCUGAAGAAAAAUUCUUUGCCUUCAUUUGUGAAAAAGCAUACAAAAGCUCCCUCCAUUUGUUAGCAGAAGUGAUACAAUAUGCAUAAAUGUCAUAGCUGAAGGCCCAGGAAUUUUAUUGCAUUAGGGCAGAAUGGUUCUGCUUGACGCUGAAUCUUGGCUUAACGGAUGUAGCUCAUAUGCUUGCAUUAUCUUGCUGAUCAGCAAUGUACAGCAUUGGAAAUCUCUUUCUACUUAAAGGAGCUGUACCGAGUUUAAUUAUAUUUAUUGUUGGAAAAAAUUGACUUUGCUUGUAGUCUGAAUUUACUAAUUUUCUUCUGAGAUAUUUGUAAAACCAGAAAGCUUUCUCCUGUCAAGUUUCUCUCCCUCUGGUGGUUUUACGCUGUCACCUGAUGAACUCUUUUGCUUUUUCUUUGAUAAGUUAAGAAGGUCAAACUCUUUGUUUUUCAUGUUUUACAGCUCUUUGAUCUUUCAUUGUUUUAUUUCUCUUGGGAUUUAUUACCAUUGUUUGAAAUCCCCAUCGUAUUCUGUGUACUAGAAUUGGAUAUUCUAUUCGCACUAUGGCCUGAAUCAAAUACUAUGUAACAGUCUUUCUACUUGUUCUCCCCUACAUCUUAGAAUUAGACUAAUUCACCUAGUAUUAGCACUGUCCUGAGGAAACUGGUUAAGUUACUGGUCUAUCGUUACCUUUAAAAUAUUUUUCUAAGAGUUGGUAUUUCCUAGUCAGGGCUCCUGCUAUGCAGGCAUGCUUUACAUCUUUUGUUGCUUGAAGUUUAAAAUCUAACUUUGUCUAUAUCUAAAUACGUUGUUUGCUGGGACUUUGUUUAUGAAAUGAGCUAGGCCAGAGGUCUGCCCUCUGCCUGCUGUGCCAUGUGAGUGACAAAAAUAUGCAAAAGAAAUCUCCACUACUACUCUAGUAGGAAAUCUGAAAAUAAUAUAUAAUUAUAAAAUCCAUUAGUUAAACUUUCUUGCUCCAUUUAAUAUAUUCCAUGCUGCUUUGCAACUUUCAAAAAAGCAGUUCUAAUAACUUGCUGGUUUUCAAAAAGUAUGAAAUUCUUGGCAGAAUUCUUAUUAUAGUGGCAAUAUUGCUUUUACCCAAAAGUACCAUAGCCUCAUUGAGGAAAGAUAUCAAGACAGUUAAACAAGGUCUAUUUUCUGUAAUCCUGUGCCAACUAGCUUUAAUUAUAUCACCCUCCUUUAAUUAUUUUUGUUGAAUCUCAUAUAAAUUGGGCUUUAUGUUAUGUUGCCUGGGAUUUCUCUUUGACUGACAAGCCUAUAAUUACCUGGAUUAUUCCAUUUAUCCUCUACAAUUAUUUUACAUGUCAUUAUGAAGAACAUAAGAACAUGCUAAUUUUCUUCCUCUCUCCUUCUCCUUUCUCUUUCUCCUUCUCCUUUCUUGUAAAUUGCUUUUCUCGUGCAUCAAUUGUUAGGAUUCAGAUUUUCUCUCUGGAUUUCUGUUAUGAUCCGCCUUACAUUUAAGUUUUCAAUACCGGCUAUCACCACUGGGAGACACUAUUAAACUGGUUUGCGGUUGAAACGAAACUCACUUCCAUUACCAUGCCUAAUGGGCUAAAAAUUAACCUUUCUGCUACUGUGAACAAACUGCUUUGAGUUGCUUGUAACAUAACCAGACAGAUUUCUUCUCCAAAAUGAACUGGAAACUGAUGCUGUUCUGAAAUACAAUUAAAAAAGAACAGCAACAAAAAGCCACCAACAACCAGCUUGUCUUGUGGAUCUCUUCAGUCAUGGCAGGAGUAUGGAGCUACAUGAUGUUUACAACUACUGCAAGCAUAAAAACAAUUUAUUAGUCAGAAUUCCUCAUUUUUACUACAGCAUGCGUUUGAUUUUCCUCCCACCACCCUUUUAAUCUUUGGAUGCAGUUCAAAAAUUUAUUACAUCACUGAGUUGCAAAGUUGUAUUUCGUUUCAUUUCAGUUACUUUCUAUACCUUUAGUUUGUUUGUUUCAGAUAUUCACUGAUGUGAGUUUUCAAAUAUUAAAGGAAGACAGCCUUUAUACUAGCACUGUUUGAAUGUUAAACUGUAGCUGAUUAAGGGGCUUUCAUUUAUUUGUAGAUUAUAAUCAACAUUUGGUGGAUUCUAAUCUUUCUGUUUUCAUAAAAUGUUUAUAUUUAUUGUAUUGCAAGUUGCUGAAAUAAGUCAGAUCAAAGGUAGAGUUCACCAGAUGAAUCUUGGCAUCAAAAUGCUUUUGAGUUUGUUGGAACCUUUACCCUGAAAUGAUGUGUGGUGUCUGUGGUGUCUCAGGCUCUGCAGUAGCUCUAUGUAUGAGUCAAAGGAUGAUCUCAGUUAGGCAUGGAAAGGCCUAGCAGGUCACCUUUUCCUGCCCACUAUCAAACUGGAGUUUUUCCCUCCAGUAUCUAGCUGGAGCUUGGGGUCAGUGCAGCAGAAUAUAAUGCUCUAAGGUUUAUUUACUAUGCUGUAGUAGACAGAAAACAGAGUUGUAAGGGUGACUAUUUUUUUUUUUUGCUCCUGCUUUCAAAAUCGAGGAAAUUUCUGGGUGAUUAAUUUCUUCAUAGAUUCCUAUUGUGAGAAAUUAAACAGGAUUUCAUUUGACCUGUGGGAAGUCGGCCGCUAAAAUUUGCUGUACAAAUGAGAUACAAAAGCUUUUCCUUGAGAGCUCAGAGGCAUGUGUUGAAACUAAAGGAAUAUACAUCAUACUGCAUUUUUGGUGUUCAGCUGUGCACCGAAGGUACUUUAUACUUUUGUCCUGAUUCCACAUGUAUGUAAUGUGUGCUACUGAAGAAGUGCAGAGCAUGGCUGUGAGGAGAUGUGCCCACCUGUUGGACUUGCAAGUGCAGCUACAGGAGGCUAAUGAGCUUCUCGGUACCAAGACAGAUGGGAUUGUAAUACCAGGAAAAUUGGAUGAUCCCGUGGAUCCAUGGAGCAUGAGAUGUCAUAAAGCAAAUACAAAGACAUACACUCAGGGACUAACAACAGUGCCAAGCAACUUCUGAAGAGCUUUCUUCUGCUGUCCGGUUAAUGUGAUGUGUGUCUUCACAUGCUAGUAGCCUGCAAAAAUAGGAUCCAUUCGGAAUUUUUAGCACUUUGAGGUACAACAAUGAUGGCUCAAUUGCUUUUCUGGUGGAUUCUAAAAGGGCUUUUUCUGUCUUUUCUGCUCAAAACUGCUCUGUCCCUAAACCCAGAUGAUCCAAAUGUUUGUAGUCAUUGGGAAAGCUACGCUGUGACAGUACAGGAAUCCUAUGCUCAUCCUUUUGAUCAGAUCUAUUAUACAAGAUGUACUGACAUACUGAACUGGUUCAAGUGCACUAGACACAGAAUAAGUUAUAAAACGGCGUAUCGAAGAGGACUAAGAACUAUGUAUCGGAGAAGAUCUCAGUGCUGUCCCGGAUAUUAUGAAAGUGGAGACUACUGUAUACCACUCUGCACGGAGGAGUGUGUGCAUGGAAGAUGUGUUUCUCCUGACACUUGUCACUGCGAACCAGGAUGGGGAGGUACUGAUUGCUCUAGUGGUUGCGAUAGCGAUCACUGGGGACCCCACUGCAGCAACCGGUGCCAGUGCCAGAACGAGGCCCUCUGCAACCCCAUCACGGGCGCCUGCGUCUGCGCGGACGGAUACCAAGGCUGGCGCUGCGAAGAGCUCUGCGAGCCCGGGAGCUAUGGCAAGGGCUGCCAGUUCCAGUGCCAGUGUCACAACGGAGCUACGUGUGACCACGAGACGGGAGAAUGUCACUGCGCUCCCGGAUACACAGGGGUGUUCUGUGAAGAGCGCUGUCCCCCCGGCAGCCACGGGGCUCAGUGUGAAUUGCGCUGCCCUUGCCAGAACGGAGGAGUCUGCCACCACAUCACUGGGGAGUGCUCCUGUCCUGCUGGAUGGACGGGGCUGGUGUGUGCACAGCCGUGUCCUCCUGGGACAUUUGGAAUUAAUUGCAGCCAGGACUGUCCAUGCCACAAUGGAGGACACUGUGAUCCUGUGACAGGAAAAUGCAUCUGUUCACCUGGCUAUAUGGGAGACAGGUGUCAAGAAGAGUGUCCAAUUGGGACAUUUGGCUUUCAGUGCACACAAAGAUGUGACUGCCAAAAUGGUGCAAAGUGUUAUCAUGUGAAUGGAGCAUGUAUGUGUGACCCUGGAUUUAAAGGGAUUUACUGUCAAGAGAGAAUGUGUCCAGAAGGGUUUUAUGGCCUCAAAUGCAACAAGAGAUGCCCCUGCAAUAUUACCAACACCCUCAGUUGCCAUCCAUUGUCUGGAGAAUGCAGCUGCAAAGCUGGCUGGGCUGGACUCUACUGCAAUGAGACCUGUCCCCCCGGGUACUACGGCGAAGGCUGCCAGCUGACCUGCUCCUGCGAGAACGGUGCGGAUUGCGACAGCAUCACCGGGAAGUGUACGUGUGCACCAGGAUACAUGGGAGAUGACUGCACCAUUACCUGCAUGGCAGGAACCUAUGGUACCAAUUGCUCAUCAGUCUGUAAUUGCAAAAAUGAUGGUGCGUGUUCCCCCGUGGAUGGUCUGUGCAUUUGCAAAGAAGGGUGGCAAGGAGUGGAUUGCUCUAUUCCAUGUUCGAGUGGAAGCUGGGGUUUUAACUGUAACCAGACGUGUUAUUGCACAAAUGGAGCAGCCUGCAGGCCAGCUGAUGGCUUCUGUCUGUGCUCCCCUGGCUGGCAGGGGGACUACUGUGACCAGCCAUGCCCUGAUGGAACAUAUGGUCUUAAUUGCAGUGAACGUUGUGACUGUAACCACGCAGAUGGGUGCGAUCCUGUUACCGGUUACUGCUGCUGCCUUGCUGGCUGGACAGGCAUCCACUGUGACAAUAUGUGCACCCAGGGCCGCUGGGGACCGAACUGCUCCAUCUCCUGCAGCUGCGAGAACGGGGGAUCCUGCUCCCCGGAGGAUGGCACCUGUGACUGUGCACCGGGCUACAGAGGACCCCUGUGCCAGAGAAUUUGCCCCCCUGGCUUCUAUGGACACCACUGCAGCCAGCCAUGCCCUCAGUGCGUGCACAGCAGCGGUCCCUGUCACCACGUGUCCGGCCACUGCGACUGCUUGCCAGGAUUCUUCGGCGUGCUCUGCAACCAAGUGUGUCCCAGUGGAAAAUAUGGGAAGAACUGCGCCGAGGUCUGCCAGUGCACCGAGAACGGGACGUGCAAUCCCAUCGACGGAUCGUGCCAGUGUUUUCCGGGCUGGAUAGGGAAGGACUGCUCUCAGACUUGCCCCCCUGGUUUUUGGGGCACGGAUUGCUUUCAUUCAUGCAACUGCCACAAUGGAGCAAUGUGCAGCCCUUACGAUGGAGAAUGCAGAUGUACUCAUGGUUGGACUGGGCUCUACUGCACUCAGCGUUGCCCAGCUGCUUUUUAUGGAAAAAACUGCGCCAACGUCUGUCAGUGUCAGAACGGAGCAGACUGUGACCAUGUCACUGGGCAGUGCACAUGCAGGACAGGAUUCACAGGCAAACAGUGUGAGCAAAAGUGCUCACCAGGAACAUUUGGUUAUGGUUGCAAACAACUAUGUGAGUGCAUGAAUAAUGCUACGUGUGACCAUGUCACAGGUACUUGCUACUGCAGUCCGGGCUUCAAAGGAAUCAGAUGUGAUCAAGCGGCUCUUAUGAUGGAAGAAUUAAACCCCUAUACUAAAAUUAGUCCUGCUCUUGGAUCAGAGAGGCACUCAGUGGGAGCAAUCAUUGGAAUUAUUAUUCUCCUUCUAAUUAUUAUGGUCUUGCUGGCACUGUUUGUGUGGUAUCGACGGAAACAGAAGGAGAAGGGCCAUGACAUGCCAAGUGUAUCUUACACUCCAGCCAUGAGGAUGACUAAUACAGAUUACUCACUUUCUGGUGCUUGUGGGAUGGAUAGACGUCAGAACACAUACAUAAUGGAAAAAAGCUUCAAAGAUUAUAUGAAGGAAUCUGUGUGCAGCUCCAGCACUUGUUCUCUGAACAGCAGUGAAAACCCAUAUGCCACCAUUAAAGAUCCCCCCAUCUUAACAUGCAAACACUCCGAGAGCAGCUACGUGGAAAUGAAAUCGCCUGGUCACAGGGACUCCCCAUAUUCAGAAAUGCCCACUUCAUCAACAGCCAACAAAAACAUCUACGAAGUUGAGCCCACCAUCAGCGUGGUCCAAGAUGCCCGUGCCCGGAGUGCCAGUUACCUCCAAAGUCCAUACGACCUGCCUAGGAACAGUCACAUUCCUAGUCACUACGACCUCCUCCCCGUAAGGCACAGCCCGACGCACGGGCCAUCUUGGGACAAGCAGUCUUAAAGGGAUGGACUUCACUGUGCUGCAACACAAACUUUGAGGAAGCAAAGAGAAGACAAUCCUUUUCUGCACUGCAGGAUGCUGACGUGACUUCAGGCUGCGAGGACCUAGCAUAACUAAACAUCAGCUUGGGCCAGCUGCUGCUGCAUGACGUUAUUUAAAAAGACUUUUUUUUUAUAUGGGUCACAAGAACUAAUGAGAACCUUCUCCAGGUGUCUCUGGAGUGCACCACCCCUGGAAGGUGUCCACGUUCUCCAGGCAAAAGCUCUCCGCCAUGUGUAUUCUAACCCUGGCUUUGCUGUAAAAUGAAACACAACAACACGCUGAGUAGGAGGACCUAGAGACAUACAUUUCUCCCAACUGCAUCAGAGAACCUUGUACCGUUAGGAACGCGGUGACAGGAACACGCUGGAAUACGGUUUACAUCUCUGUCAUGGAAAUGGACGUUUUUCUGAAUGGAAGCAGGAAAGCUUGUUGUUUCACUGUCUGGAAACCUCAUUUACUGCCAUCACCAUGGGCAUCCUGUGCAGAUCAUGCUUGGUAAUUAGUGCUCCGUUCAUCUUUAUAUUCAAUACCAGGGUAUUUGAGUACAGGAAUAUCAACACAGACACAGUUCUGUGCAAUUUUAAAGUAUAACACCUUGGCAAACGUCCAGUGAUCUUUGUCAGCAAUUUAAGUUUAAGCAAUGAGCCUCAUAGCCGGCUUACCGUAUUUUGGUACAGCUAUGCUUUAAUUUUCCCUAUACGCCUUCUUUUUCAUUAGAUAAAUGCACAGCUUUUUCAGGUGGUGCAGACACAACUUCACCUGCUUCCUGGGACACUGCAGGUUUGCACAGACUAGCCCUGGUUCAGUUUCCUUUCCCAACACUGGGACACAUUGGCUUCAUCGCUGGCAAACCGCAUCUCCAUGAUUCACCCGGCAGCAUGCCCUCCAUGACGCCCUUUAAUUUGAUGUGCAUUACCAUGUAGUGCAACUUUAUCUGUUGACGAUUUUACCUGAUGUGUCAUUACACUGAGCUGAAAAUGGGUUUUCUUUUUCAGCAGCUGUUUGUGAAACAAUUAUCAAGGGGUUGACCUAUGGUAAAGCUUUGGACUAAGCCACCACGAUUUUUUUUUUUUUUGGUAAUCUUUAUUGACCUAGAAAGUAGAAUACUUGCCGUUAAGCAGUUCCUUGUAGAUUUUGAGCAUGAAGUAGUAUUGAUUCUAAGUAUGUAAUUUUAUUAGGCAACCGCGGAAGUAGCAAGUUGAUUGCCUCUUAAAAAGAUUUAAAAAAUUCUGUUGCACAUUCGCCAGUCUGAUGGAAGCAGAAGAGAACCAAGCCAACACCAAGCCGCUUGCUCAACGUGUGACCACCAAUGGAAGCUGCUGGCCUAGGGGACUGGUACGAGGACCCUGCCGGCACGGGGACAGCAGCUGGGAGCCAGCUCCACGUGACAGCAGGCAUCAGAGCACCUUGGGUAGGGCAGCACCAAGCCCCCACAGCACCCCUGCAGCAGCCGGGAUGGCGGGGCCAGCUCUGAGCCCCUAUGUGCAAACCAAGAGUUCGGCAUGCAGACAGCGGAGCUGAGCCCAAGAUCCACCCAGGCUUGCAGAGAAGCAGAUUUUCAUGUUUCAGGAUAACUUCAAAGUAUUUACAUGAAUGCUGCAUGUGUGCAUGGGGGCAAUGACUGAUCAGCAAUAGUAGUUUUAUUUUCCAGGAAAGCCUUAUAUGAGACGUAAUUAGGCACUUAUUUUGUAGGGCCAGGAGGGAUAUAUUUUGCAUACAUGAAUGGAAAGACUUACCUCAAAAUACCAAGAGAAAUGCAGUUUGAUGAAGAAUCCUCUGGUUAGAGACCUGCCUUGCCAUCUAGCACAAGCGGUCUCAGCUGCCAGCCUGACCAGUGUCUGUGUGUGUGUUGCUGUCAAGUUUGAGAUGAGAGAGCAGAGAUGGGCCUCAGUUUUGUUUUUUUCUUUCAAAGCUGGAUUUUCAAACCAAAUGCAUCAAUGUGCAUAGAGCUUAACAGGAAAAAAAAAAAAGAAAAAACAACAAAGCAAGUACCUUCUUGUAUAUUAUUAGCAUUAGCUUAGAAAAUAGGCACCGAAAUGGCAAUACUUUUUUAAGGCAAGACAGAUUUGUAAUAUAUUUGUUCACUGUGCAAAGGUAUUCUACCUUGUACAAAAUAAAUAAUUUCUCUCA